AUGCCUCUCCCGAAGGAUUGCCUUCAUCCUUCUCCAGAAGAGAAGAAAAGGAAGCAAAAGGAAAAGCACCUGGUGCAGAUCCCCAAUUCCGACUUUGUGGAUGUGAAAUGCCCAGGAUGCUACAAAAGCACCAUAGUCUUUAACCAUGCACGAACAGUUGCCUUGUAUGUUCAAGGCUCCACUGUCCUCUAUCAGCCUACAGGCAGAAAAGCAAAGCUAACAGAAGGAUGCUCCUUCAGGAGGAAGCAGCAUGAAAGCCCCUAA